GUUCACCCCCCUCGACGCUCAGAUUCCCCUUCAUUUCCCCCUCCAUCCCCAUAAAUGACCGUUCGAUUGUUACACCCCCCACCCCCAAACAGAACCACGGUUGGCUACUCCCUCAAAAACUCUAACCAUGGUUCUCUCAAGGUGCUUCUUUCCUCCGACCUAGUGUGUUAAGCCUUUUAACGUCAAGCUCUCCUCUGUGUGUGUAUGAGGAUGAUACUGUUGGGUGUGUGCGUUUCAGAGUGCGAGAGAUAGAUUGAGAUUGGGUCUGGGAUUGAGAUUUUCGAUGAGACAGAUGGUAUCGACUCACUCUCUUUUUUCCUAGAAUCAUUUUGUUGAGAAUUUCUAUUGAAUGAUGGGUGUAUCAGAUCCUGAUUUCUACGAAUUUUGAUCUGUUUUACUUCUUUUCUUAAAUUUUUAUUUUCCUUUCCUUUUUUUGUGGUCGUUGCAAUCAUCACUUACUUGAUUUCAAAGAUGAUCACUCAAAAAGCAUUUUCUUUCUUUUCUCUCCCGCUUUUUUGAUCGAGAAAAUUUGAGUUAUUGUCGUCUCUUUCCCUCUUUCUCUAUAUGUUCAGAUCUAAGCUAUGUGAGAGAGUUUCGGUUUCUACGCCCCUCUAAUCGGUUCUCUUUCACGUAGAUCACAUCUCAUUUCACGUAGGAUCUACCAAAAUCCCUCCAUUUUUUGUCCCGCAAGUCGUAUUUUAUAAACCCCGGGAAGGUUGUAUUUUUCCGGGUAGAUUGUGGGCCUUGGAUUGGAUGUUAAACAGGGAUGAAUUAUUUUCCGGACGAGGUUUUAGAGCACGUUUUCGAUUUCUUAACGUCACACAGGGACCGGAACGCGGUGUCUCUAGUGUGCAGUCUAUGGUACAGAGUAGAAAGGUUUAGUAGGCAGAGAGUCUUCAUAGGAAACUGUUAUGCAAUCAGUCCCGAGAAACUGAUCACUAGGUUUCCGGGUCUCAAGUCGCUAACUUUGAAGGGGAAGCCUCAUUUCGCAGACUUCAACUUGGUGCCGUACGAUUGGGGAGGCUAUGUGCAGCCUUGGAUCGAAGCCUUGGCAAAGAGCAGGAUUGGUUUGGAAGAGCUUAGGCUUAAGAGGAUGGUGGUCUCGGAUGACAGCCUCGAGCUUCUUUCGAGGUCUUUCGCCAAUUUUAAAACUUUGGUGCUUGUUAGCUGUGAAGGUUUCACCACCGAUGGCCUUGCAGCUAUAGCUGCUAACUGUAGGUUUCUUAGGGAGUUGGACCUGCAAGAAAAUGAAAUUGAUGACCAUAGUGGGCAUUGGCUUAGUUGCUUUCCUGACAGCUGCACAUCACUCACCUCCCUGAAUUUUGCUUGCCUUAAAGGAGAAAUUAAUUUAGCAUCCCUUGAGAGACUUGUGGCAAGAUCUCCUAAUCUCAGGAGUUUGAGGUUAAACCGUGCUGUGCCUCUUGAGACGCUCCAAAAGAUACUGAUGCGAGCACCUUUACUAGUGGAUUUAGGGACAGGUUCAUAUGUCCACGAUCCUGAUUCUGAGACCUACAAUAAACUAAAGACUACCAUUCUGAAAUGUAAAUCAAUCAGAAAUUUAUCAGGGUUUUUGGAGGUUGCUCCUCGCUGCCUGCCAGCCAUUUUCCCUAUUUGCUUGAACCUGACCUCCUUGAACCUGAGCUAUGCUGCAGGGAUUCACGGUUCUGAGCUUAUAAAACUAAUUCGUCAUUGUGCAAAACUUCAGCGCCUAUGGAUACUGGAUUGUAUUGGAGACAAGGGACUAGAAGUUGUGGCUUCCACUUGUAAUGAACUGCAGGAAUUGAGGGUUUUCCCAUCUGAUCCCUUUGGGGUUGGGCAUGACGCUGUAACAGAAAAUGGCCUGGUUGCUAUAUCCAUUGGUUGCCCAAAGCUUCAUUCAUUGCUAUACUUCUGUCAGCAGAUGACAAAUGCUGCUCUCAUAACCGUAGCAAGGAACUGUCCAAAUUUUAUUCGCUUUAGGCUGUGCAUACUCGACCCUACCAGACCUGAUCCCGUGACCAUGAAGCCUUUAGAUGAUGGUUUUGGAGCAAUUGUCCAGUCAUGCAAGCUUCUUCGGCGGUUAUCGCUAUCUGGUCUUCUAACUGAUCAGGUUUUCCUUUACAUUGGGAUGUAUGCUGAGCAGCUUGAAAUGCUCUCUGUUGCAUUUGCUGGCGACAGCGACAAGGGAAUGCUCUACGUGUUGAACGGGUGCAAGAAGCUUCGCAAGCUUGAGAUCAGGGACUGCCCCUUUGGUAACAUGGCACUUCUAUCGGACGUGGGAAAGUAUGAAACAAUGCGAUCCCUUUGGAUGUCGUCCUGUGAAGUUACUCUUUGGGGCUGCAAGACACUUGCAAAGGUGAUGCCAAGGCUUAAUGUGGAGAUAAUAAACGAACAUGAUCAGAUGGAAAUCUGUGCUGAGGAUGGGCAAAGAGUAGAAAAGAUGUACCUGUACCGAACACUGGUUGGGCCAAGGAAAGAUGCACCGGAAUUUGUGUGGAAUUUAUAAGUGCAUGGGGCUGUAUUUUUAGGCGGUGACAUUUUUUUCCCCUUGUUAUUAAGUAGUUGUACUUCUUAUAGACCAUCUAAUUAAUGGCAAAGUGUUUAAUUUA